AUGGCAUCUUCACCUGCACUGGAGAUUCCCCCCUCAUCUUUCACCGUUGACGUGCGAGUCAUAGACACACAAACCGAGCUCUACCUGAACUCCAGUCUAUUCUGGCAGCCUCCACUAGAGGGAUUUGCCGGCCUUAACGCGCCUGUGUAUUGCUUCCUAAUUACCCACGGCGACACACAGGUCGUAUUCGACCUGGGUGUCCGCUCAGACUGGGAGAACUACGCACCGCACAUUGUCUCGCUCAUCAAGGCCACCACCACCGUGACCCGUGGCAAGGAUGUGGCCGCCAUCCUGGAUGCGGAGGCCGAUGCCAGUGGCAUAGUCAAUGUCCGCAGCAGCGACAUCCGUGCAGUUAUUUGGUCGCACAACCACUUCGACCACAUUGGCAACAUGGCCACAUUUCCCGCAUCCACAGACCUGGUUGUUGGACCCGGGGUGCGCGCCGCCUCGAUUCCUGGCUGGCCAGCGGAUUCAGGGAGUGUAGUGUUAACUGGCGACACAGAGGGCAGGACGGUCAGGGAGAUCUCCUUCGCUUCUGGGCUGAAGAUCGGCCAGUUCGAUGCAGUAGACUAUUUCGGCGACGGGUCGUUUUACCUACUCGACGCGCCUGGCCACGCCGUUGGCCACUUGUGUGCUCUCGCGCGAACAACUCCAGACUCCUUUGUCCUGAUGGGGGCUGAUGCGUGCCAUCAUGCCAGCCUCUUGCGCCCGACCGAGUACCUACCUCUCCCUGCGUCUGUGCCGGUGGAAAUACGUGGCUCUUGCCCGGGCGAUGUGCUAGCUGGGCUUAUUGCAUCGAGGGAUCCCGCUAUUUACAGUGGCGGGGGGCCUGUGUUUCGCAACCAGGGAGAGGCCAUGGAGACCGUGCGGAAGAUUCAGGAGCUUGAUGCUCAGGAUGGGGUCUUUGUUAUUUUAGCACAUGACCGCUCGCUCAUGACGAGAAUCCCGAUGUUUCCGAACAAGGUCAAUGGCUGGAGAGAGAUGAGUCUGGGCUCGGGGACCCGAUGGAUGUUUUGUGAAGACUUGAAGCAUGUCAAAUUUUGA